CUUCUCUCUAUUUUUUUUUUUGUUUGUUUUUAAUUUUCUUAGGUUUUUGUUUAUGGGAAGGUCGCUCCCUGGCGCAACCAAGCUUCAACAUCUUGCAAAGGCCACCGCUCAGCAUCUCAACAAAACAGGGAAAAACGCAAAGCCCACGGCGCAGAACCGCCGGAUUGUGAGUGAAGACAAGUCGAAGAACAAGAUGGAGAGCUCUAGUGCCAGUCAACGCCUCCCUCUCUCCGAUGUUGUCUCCGAUUGCGUCAAGCGUUGGUUCAAAGACACUCUUAAGGAAGCUAAAGCUGGGGAUGUCAACAUGCAGGUUCUCGUCAGUCAAAUGUAUUACAGCGGUUAUGGGGUUCCUCGAGAUGCACAAAAGGGAAGAAUUUGGAUGACAAGGGCAUCGAGGUUGCGGUCUUCGGUUUGGAAAGUCAGCGAUAAGCAUCCAGGUUAUAAUGCAAGUGAUUCAGAUUCAGAUGAAAUGAAGGGUGAUUCUUGAGAUAACCCGCUUGGUCUCUGCAUUUCAAACAUUUAGAACUGGUCCACAUGGUUUCUCAUGCCUGUUUUGUCUCCUUAAAUGUGUCUGUAACAAUCUUUUUUUUUCUAUUUGUUUUUGAUUUUUAAUAAUUCAGUCUCUUUUUAAUUCUUUUUUUUUUUCCCUCCUUUCCCUUUGACCAGAUACAUAUGGGAUCUGUGUAUUGCCAUAAGAUUAUUUGUUAAUGUGGUCUUUAAAAGCUGGAAUAUUUUGGAUUGAGCUUCCAUGAAAUGAUGAAUUUUGGCAAAAUCCUUUUGAGCCAAUGGAUUA